CGGUCCCCUCAAGCUGGUUCCCGACGUGCCCAUUGCAGAAUCGGAUUUGCAGAUUUGUCAACACAGAGCACCAACCUGUUGCACGAAAAAGAUGGAAGAAAGUUACCAGACAGCUGUUCGGAGAGAAAGGACUCAGACCAUCCAGGCCUUGAACUUUGAAUUGAAAUAUAUGAUAGUUGGUCAUAUCACAGCUUUUCAAGAGGCCUUUGAGUCAUUGCUUCGCUUUGCAGAGAAUCACACAACAACCCUGUUUGAGAGUGCUUACAGAGCCAUGGCAAAAGAAGCUGCAGAGCCCAUCAAAGAACUUUUUACAGACCUCUCUCUAUAUAUUUUGGGUGCUGAGACUACAGUGGAAAAUGCAGUUUUACGUUUCUUCGACAGUCUCUUUCCUUUGGUUUACAGUCGGCUAAUAAACCCUGGAAUGACAGAUUUAUCAGAGGAAUACACUGAAUGUCUACGACUAACAAGACAAGACAUAAAUCCCUUUGGACGUUAUUCUAAAGAAGUGGUUACAGAGCUGUCAAAAUCUCUUUGGGCAAGUAGGAAGCUAAACCAGGCCCUCAAUAUGGGCAUUGAGGUGAUAAACACGACUGAACAUGCUGCUCUUACAAAGGAAUGUAGUAAAGCGCUAGUGAAGAUGCAGUACUGUCCACAUUGCCAAGGUCUGACACUAAUCAGACCUUGUGUGGGAUAUUGUCUAAAUGUAAUGCGGGGCUGUUUGGCCAGUGUGUCAGAGCUGGAUAUUCAAUGGAGGGAGUAUAUUUCCACACUGGAAUAUCUGACUAAUGAAAUGGCUGGGUCACAUGAUCUGGAACUUGCACUUCUAGGAAUCAGGAAUUUAAUCAAUGAAGCCAUCCUUCAUGCACAACUGAAUGGGCCACAACUCUCUGCCACAGUUGAUAAAGUGUGUGGCCAGCCCCAAGAAAGAGAAGGAAAACCUUCGGCAGAUAAUAUAGUGCAAGCAAAGGAUGUGUUUGAUACACAGGCUCUCACGAUGGCUCACUCUGCUAAUCUAAACAAUAAAAGGAGUUCUCUGCCACUGAAAGCUUCAAAGAAUGACAAAUCCAGAAGUUUGAAAAAAAUCUCUCGAGAGUUCAUCAACUACAUGAAACGAUCCCGAACCUUUUAUGCCUCUGUAGCAGAAAGGCUGUGCGAUGGGGACUUGGUGAUGCGUGACAGCUCGACUUGCUGGAAUGGAGAGGAUGUUGUGGAAAGUUAUACCAGCAGAGUUGUUUCCAAUGGACUGAAGGCACAAAUUAACAAUCCAGAAUUAAAAGUCAAAGGAUUAGACCCUCUCAUCAGCCAUUUAAUUGACAAACUUCAUCAUUUUAACCAGCUGGAUACUGAGAAGACAAAAUUGAAGUCGGAACGAUGGGCUUCCAGGGAGAGUGGCAGUGGAGGUGGGAGAAGUGAAGCAAUGGAAUCAAGCGGGGACUGUGACGAUGAGGAUGGAUGUCAAGGAUCUGGUGACAGAAUUCACACAACAGAUGUACUCACAAAAAAGAAGGCGUAUCCGGAAGAUAGGAGUGAACCAAAACCAACUGUGAAAAAGAUUGACACUACAGCUACUACAACCAUAGUCAAGUCAUCUUCUAAACAUGAUACUGCAGAAAAUGUGGGCAAUCUAGCCUCAAGUUCUUUGCUUUUCAUUGUAACAGCACUGGCGAUUUUGUGGCACUCUCUGUCAUAGUAACAUUGUAUUGCAACAAUUGUCCAAGAAUUUCUGUCCCUUGUCAUUUAUGCCUACAGCCUUACCCAGUGGAAAACAAAGGGAAAUGGCUCUCUAAUGUUAUAUGGUAUGUUAGAACGAAUGUUUU